CGUCGUCGUCGUCGUCGUCGUCGUCGUCAUCAUCGUCAUCGUCAUUGCGUUGUCGUCGUUUUGUGAUUAUUGCUGCGCCGGCUUCACUCUCGUUCCAAAAUUGAUGAUUGAUUAUUUCCCUUUGAUCUCUCUACGCCAAUAAUCGCCCACGAUCCCCGACCACCAUCCAGACCACCCGCACCUGAACACCACAGCUCAGUUGAGCAACCACGCAUCACGGUUUCCAGCAUCAAGAAACUGAAUCACUGAAUCACCUAAUCGUUGAUUUGAGUGACCCUUCUCAGUUCUCUUGGGACUUGUUCUCUCAACUUUCUCUCGUUGACGCUUAAUAUUCGUCCAUAAUCUGACGGUCGCGACUGGUCGUUCUGUCAACAAUCGCUCUUUCCUCAAUCUCCGGACAACCAAACCUUUUCAAAAACAACAGCUAUUCGAGGGAGUCCGAGCUUGCUCUCUUUUUUAUUACGAAGCGGAAACGUGGAAUCUUUAUCAAUGUCAAACUAAGAUUUUUGUCCUGCUCUACUGAACGCAAAAAUGUCGGGUCAUCCGACGGAUCAUUAUAACGAUGGCUACGGCCAUCAAGAUCCUCACCACCAAGGAAACACUGAUUCCUAUUACCAAGACGACCACCAUAACCAAGGUUACUAUGAUGACCGAGCGGGAGGGUACGCCGACCAAGGUUACAACGACCAACAAGGCCACCAUGGCCAGCAAGGUCAAGGUCACCAACAAGGACAGGACGGGUAUUACGAUGAAGCUGGCUACUACAAUGCCGAUGCCAACAACCCGCACCAUCAGGAUGGUGGGUACUACGAGGCAGGCCAUGACAAUGGCCAGUACAACGAUGGAUACUACAAUGACCAGUAUUACGAUCAAAAUGGCCAGCACCCCCAAGGCCAGGGCGGCGACUACCCCAAGGGCAAGAUGCGUGGAGAUUCCGAGGAGGACUCUGAGACAUUCAGCGACUUCACCAUGAGAUCUGACAUGGCUCGGGCCACCGACAUGGACUACUACGGCCACGGUGAUGAGCGCUACAACAGCUACAACGAAAGCCAGAUGGGAGGCCAAGGCUACCGCCCACCUUCCUCACAGAUUUCUUACGGCGGGAACCGAUCUUCAGGUGCCUCCACCCCCAACUAUGGCAUGGACUACAACAACGUGCUGCCAUCUGGGCAACGUUCUCGCGAGCCAUACCCAGCCUGGACUGCAGAUGCACAGAUUCCUCUGUCGAAGGAGGAGGUCGAGGAUAUUUUUCUUGACCUGACGGCAAAGUUUGGUUUCCAGCGGGACAGCAUGAGAAACAUGUACGACCAUUUCAUGACGCUUCUGGACUCUCGCGCUUCCCGCAUGACUCCCAACCAAGCCUUACUGUCCCUUCACGCCGAUUACAUUGGUGGAGAAAAUGCCAACUACAGGAAGUGGUAUUUCGCUGCCCAUCUGGAUCUGGAUGAUGCGGUAGGCUUCGCAAACAUGAAGCUUGGAAAGGCCAACAGGCGCACUCGCAAGGCCCGCAAGGCCGCGAAGAAGAAGAAUGCCAACCCCGAAGCCGAAAAUGAAGCGCAGACCUUGGAAGAAAUGGAGGGGGACAACAGUCUCGAGGCUGCCGAGUACCGCUGGAAGACGCGGAUGAACCGCAUGUCUCAGCACGAUCGUGUACGACAAGUGGCUCUCUACCUCCUCUGUUGGGGCGAGGCAAACCAAGUCCGCUUCAUGCCCGAGUGCCUGUGCUUCAUCUUCAAGUGCGCCGACGACUACCUGAACUCGCCCGCAUGCCAGAAUCUUGUGGAGCCGGUGGAUGAGUUCACGUACCUCAACAACGUUAUCACCCCACUGUACCAAUACUGCAGAGACCAGGGAUACGAGAUCGUGGAUGGAAAGUACAUUCGCCGCGAAAGGGACCAUGCCCAGGUCAUCGGAUAUGAUGACUGUAACCAGCUCUUUUGGUACCCAGAGGGAAUUGAGCGGAUCAUAAUGGAAGACAAGAGCCGAAUGGUUGACUUUCCCCCUGCGGAGCGUUACUUGAAGCUUACGGAGGUCAACUGGAACAAGGUGUUUUUCAAGACCUACAAGGAGUCUCGUUCAUGGUUCCAUCUUAUUGUCAACUUCAACCGCAUCUGGGUUAUCCACAUUGGUGCUUUCUGGUUCUUCACCGCCGUCAACUCUCCGACUCUGUACACUCACAACUACGAACAACGACUGAACAAUCAGCCUUCAACUGCGGCGAGAUGGUCUGCCGUAGGUCUCGGUGGUGCCAUCAUCUCCCUUAUUAUGAUUGUCGCCAGUAUUUCUGAAUGGGCCUAUGUUCCCCGGAAAUGGGCCGGUGCACAACAUCUCACAAAGCGUCUCUUCUUCCUGAUCGGAGUCUUCAUCCUCAAUCUUGCGCCGAGUGUUUACGUCUUCGGUUUCGGUGGUGAAAACACGUACAUUGGCAAAAUUCUCGCAAUCGUCCAGUUCAUCAUUGCACUGAUCACGUUUUUCUUCUUCGCGAUCAUGCCUCUUGGUGGUCUAUUCGGAAGCUACCUCACGAAGAACACCAGGAAAUACGUCGCCAGUCAGACAUUUACCGCAAGUUACCCACGACUUGCUGGCAAUGACAUUUACAUGUCGUACGGACUAUGGAUCUGCGUAUUUGUUCCCAAAUUCGCGGCCUCUUACCAGUACCUGACGCUAUCGAUUCGUGACCCCAUCCGAAUUUUGUCAACAAUGAAGAUUCGUAACUGCCUGGGAGAUGCUAUUUUAGGGAAGAACGAAGCUGCUGCUGUUCUGUGCCAUAUUCAACCAAAAUUCCUUCUAGGGUUGAUGGUCUUCACCGAUAUUCUGCUCUUUUUCCUCGACACAUUCCUGUGGUAUAUUAUCAUGAACUCCUUGUUCUCCGUUGCCAGGUCUUUCUACCUUGGUAUUUCCAUCUGGACACCGUGGAGAAAUAUUUUCUCCCGCCUUCCAAAGCGCAUCUACUCAAAGGUUUUGGCGACUACGGAUAUGGAGAUCAAAUAUAAGCCCAAGGUGUUGAUCUCUCAAGUCUGGAACGCUAUCGUUAUCUCCAUGUACCGCGAGCAUCUCCUCGCCAUCGACCACGUCCAGAAGCUUCUCUACCAUCAAGUUCCUUCUGAGCAGGAGGGCAAGAGAACACUUCGUGCGCCAACAUUCUUCGUCUCUCAGGAAGAUCAUUCGUUCCAGACGGAAUUUUUCCCAAGCCAGAGUGAGGCCGAGCGCAGAAUUUCUUUCUUCGCGCAGUCGCUGUCGACGCCUAUUCCUGAGCCGCUACCUGUGGAUAACAUGCCAACGUUCACUGUCCUGAUUCCUCAUUACAGCGAAAAGAUUCUCCUUACUCUCCGCGAAAUUAUUCGUGAGGAUGAGCCGUACUCCCGUGUCACUCUCCUGGAAUACCUCAAACAACUUCAUCCACACGAAUGGGACUGCUUCGUUAAGGAUACCAAAAUUCUUGCUGAUGAAACGUCUCAGUUCAAUGGAGAUGAGAAGAAUGACAAGGAUGCAUCGAAGAGCAAGAUUGAUGACCUACCCUUUUACUGCAUUGGUUUCAAAUCUGCUGCGCCGGAAUACACCCUCCGUACCCGUAUUUGGGCAUCCCUUCGAUCGCAAACUCUCUACCGCACUAUUUCUGGUUUCAUGAAUUACAGCCGUGCCAUCAAGCUGCUCUACCGUGUCGAGAACCCCGAGGUUGUUCAAAUGUUUGGCGGUAACUCGGACAAGCUAGAGCGCGAGCUCGAGAGAAUGGCUCGCCGAAAGUUCAAGAUUGUCGUCUCUAUGCAACGUUAUGCCAAGUUCAAGAAAGAGGAGAUGGAGAACACUGAAUUCCUUCUUCGCGCCUACCCGGAUCUUCAAAUUGCUUACCUGGACGAGGAGCCACCUUUGACCGAAGGCGACGAGCCUCGCCUGUACUCUUCGUUGAUUGAUGGUCACUCUGAGAUCAUGGAGAACGGCAUGAGAAGACCAAAAUUCCGGAUUCAGCUCUCUGGUAACCCUAUCCUUGGUGAUGGAAAAUCCGACAAUCAAAACCACGCUAUUAUUUUCUACCGUGGAGAAUAUCUCCAGCUUAUCGACGCCAACCAGGACAACUAUCUCGAGGAGUGCCUUAAGAUUCGCAGCGUUCUGGCAGAGUUUGAGGAAAUGGUCACUGAUAAUGUUUCGCCUUACGCCCCUGGGUCUAAGCCUACAAAAACCAACCCUGUCGCUAUUCUGGGAGCUCGCGAGUACAUUUUCUCUGAGAACAUUGGUAUCCUUGGUGAUGUUGCUGCCGGAAAAGAACAGACGUUCGGUACUCUAUUUGCACGUACACUGGCUCAAAUCGGUGGCAAGCUCCAUUACGGUCAUCCCGAUUUCCUCAAUGGUAUUUUCAUGACAACACGUGGAGGUGUCUCCAAGGCCCAGAAGGGUUUGCAUCUCAACGAAGAUAUUUACGCCGGUAUGAACGCGCUCCUUCGUGGCGGUCGCAUCAAGCACUGCGAGUACUACCAAUGCGGCAAAGGCCGUGAUCUCGGGUUUGGAUCUAUUCUGAACUUCACAACUAAGAUUGGAACUGGUAUGGGAGAGCAGAUGCUGUCUCGUGAAUAUUACUAUCUCGGCACGCAACUACCUCUCGAUCGAUUUCUUUCUUUCUACUAUGCCCAUCCCGGAUUCCAUUUGAACAACAUCUUCAUCAUGUUGUCUGUCCAGAUGUUCAUGUUGUGUCUCAUCAACCUGGGUGCCCUUCGAUACGAGGUUAUUGCUUGCGUCUUCGACCCGAAUGUGCCGAUUACCGACGAAAAGAACCCAACAGGCUGUAACGAUAUCCUGCCCAUCUUGGACUGGGUUUGGCGUUGUGUUAUCUCGAUUUUCAUCGUACUCUUCAUCUCUUUUAUUCCGCUGAUGGUCCAAGAGGCUACGGAACGUGGCUUCUGGCGCGCUGCCACACGUUUUGCCAAGAUGAUUGGCUCUCUGUCACCGCUCUUCGAGGUGUUCGUGUGCCAAAUCUAUGCAAACUCUGUUACUCAGAAUUUGUCCUUUGGUGGCGCCAGGUACAUUGGAACCGGUCGUGGCUUCGCAACUGCUCGUAUUCCUUUCGGAGUCUUAUUUUCUCGCUUUGCUGGGCCUUCCAUUUACCUGGGAUCUAGGAUGUUGAUGAUGUUGUUAUUUGCAACGAUCACCAUAUGGCAACCAGCCUUGGUCUACUUCUGGAUUUCGCUAUUGGCUCUCUGCAUUUCACCUUUCCUCUACAAUCCUCAUCAGUUCUCGUGGAGCGACUUCUUCAUCGACUACCGCGACUUCCUUCGUUGGCUGUCCAGAGGCAAUUCUAGAUCUCACUCGUCUUCUUGGAUUGCCUACUGCCGCCUAUCGCGUACUAGGAUUACAGGUUACAAGCGCAAGGCUCUUGGAGAGCCAUCGGCUCAGAUGUCUGGCGAUGUUCCACGUGCAUCAUUCACCAAUCUAGUCUAUGGCGAGAUUAUCGGGCCUCUUAUUCUUGUCGGCAUUACCUUGUUGCCAUAUACUUAUAUCAACGCUCAAACUGGUGUCACACAUGGUGCAAAGCCAACACAUUCGAUAAUUCGCGUUGCUCUGGUCGCAUUGGCACCUAUUGGAAUUAACGCCGGUGUCUGUGCAAUGUUCUUCGCAAUGGCUUGUUGUAUGGGCCCAGUUCUCAGCAUGUGCUGCAAGAAAUUCGGUUCUGUGCUAGCUGCGAUUGCCCACGCCAUUGCUGUCAUCAUGAUCAUCGUCUUCUUCGAAGUCAUGAUGCUUUUGGAGGGUUUCAACUUCGCAAGAGCGCUUCUCGGUGUAAUCUGCGCAGCCGCGAUCCAGCGAUUCAUUUACAAGCUCAUCAUCUCGCUCGCCCUGACAAGAGAAUUCAAGAACGACACUUCCAACAUUGCCUUCUGGACUGGUAAAUGGUACUCUAUGGGAUGGCACUCGAUGUCGCAACCAGCCAGAGAAUUCCUAUGUAAGAUUACCGAGUUGGGAAUGUUUGCUGGAGACUUUAUCCUGGGACACAUGCUGUUGUUCGCCAUGCUCCCGCUUAUUCUCAUCCCCAAAAUCGACAUGGUUCAUUCCGUCAUGCUCUUCUGGCUCAGACCUAGUCGUCAAAUCCGACCUCCGAUCUACACCAUGAAGCAGUCCAAGCUACGAAAGAGACGUGUGUGGCGCUUUGCUGUCAUGUACUUCACUCUGUUCGUCGUCUUCUUGGCAUUAGCUAUCGCCCCUGUACUUGGUGGCUCCAAGGUCACCAGCACAAUAGAUAGUAUCAAGAAAUCGGUUGGUGAGGACAGCAUGAUCGGUCUCCUGUUCCAGCCUAACAACCGCUCGUCUUCAUGGUACAACGACACAGGACCCACGCUCACUUCGAUCAAGGCAUCGGAGUCCUCGGUCCUGGCCGGCAACACCAGGUCUUCUUCUAACAACGCUGCCAAAACUACAGGCAGCAGCAACAAGAGGAGUGUUAAGUUGCUUUAGAUUUACGGGGAGGGGGAACGGCUGUGUAUAUGUGAAUAGAAGUUUUUGGUGGAUGGUGGUGUAGCAGGGGGCUCAUCUCUCUGGAAAGGCCGAAUUGAGGAAGGAGGGGGGAGGAGGAGGAGAGAGGGAUUGUUUUAUUACGCGGUUCAUGAAUGUAUUUUGAAGUUUUUUUUUGG